AUGCAACCGGAACCUGAGCCAGUGGAUACAGCCAUUGGCGCCAGUGUGGCCCUUGGCACUCCAGGUGCUGAUGGAGUGCCAGUUCUGGUUUCUGUCGAACCACCACCAGGAAGUGCAAGAACAGCAUCGGAUAUCUGUUGCGUCGUGGACGUGUCAGGCUCCAUGAGCAAUGACGCUUUGCUCCAGGGAGAGGAUGGCACUAUGUGGGGGGCCAUGAAGGGCCUGUCGUCACCCAGGUCCACGAGCCAUGGCUUGUCAGUGCUGGACAUCGUGAAGCACGCCUUGCGGACAAUCAUUGCCAACCUUGAUGAUUUUGACCGCCUCGCCUGCGUGUCUUACUCCAACUCGGCCAAAGAGAUUUUCCCACUGACGACGAUGACGGACAACGGCAGGAGACUCACAGAGUCAAAGUUGGACGAUUUGCAUGCUGAUGGAAUGACCAACCUUUGGGAUGGCCUACAAAGUGGUCUGCAACUUCUAAAGAAUGGUCAAGAUGGCGACCACAGUCGCAGGCAGCAUAUUUUGCUGUUCACGGAUGGCAUGCCCAACAUCAACCCUCCAAGAGGCAUUUUGCCCAUGCUGAAGCGAUUGAAGGAGAAGAGUGAGGGCAGAAAAUUGCCGUGCACCGUCAGCACCUUCGGCUUCGGUUAUGAGUUGGACAGCGCCCUGCUCAACGAUUUGGCAAUGGAAGGUUUUGGAGCCUACGCUUUUAUCCCCGAUGCCGGCUUUGUGGGAACGGUCUUUGUGAACGCCAUGUCAAACUUGCUUGCCACCAUGGCCAGAGAUGUGGUGGUCACCCUGAGAUCGACCCGAAAAAUGACUGUACUGGGAGGGCACCAGAUAAGCCAAAACGAGGUCACCACUAUCGACCUCGGCACCUUGCAGUUUGGCCAGACCAAAGACGUUGUGGUGAUGCUGGAUGGUGAGGGCGAAGUUGAAGCCAUGGUGGAGUAUCUCACACCAACUGGUCCCGGAAGAGUAGCAGCACGAGGUGGUGCAGACCCAUCACGGGUGGAACCUCAACGCUUGCGGCUGAAGGCAGUGGAUAGCAUCCAGCAGGCAAUGAAUGCCUUGAAAUUGACUGCGAUGGAUCGUGCAAAUGGCAAACCACUCCCGUUGGAGGACGCCGAUGGCAUCAUCAAGGCCAUGGUGUCAGAGAUCAAGACCUCAACGGCUUGCAAUGAAGAAGCCAUGACAGGAUUGCUUGAAGACCUCGAUGGACAGGAUUGUGCACAGCGACAGGGUGGCGCCUUUAUAACUCUGCAGAUCGGUGCUGGGUCGACUGCGCAGCACACCUUGCAAUGGUUAGAGGACGAUACUUUCAUCAAUGUGGCCAUCAAGCACGCAACUGGAACUCUGCGCGGCUCUCGCAAGAAAGGCGCCAUUCCAAUCUUCAAUCGUGUCUUGAACGGCACCGACUGUGAUGAGACUUGGUCCUGGCAUGUCGAUCCCAAGGAGGUGAGCUGGGCAGAGGUUGCAACAGAAGUGUGCGAUGCCUCGCCUGGAUACAUCGAGAAGAACAGUGGCUGGCUGACAUCACCAGGCAAAUGGUGUCCGUGGACAGUGUCUGUACUGAGAGUUGAGGAUCGCCGCAGUGCUCAGCCGCAGCUCAUUGAAAGCAAAGGUCCUUGA